ACAGGCGCGCGUCGUCUCGACUCUUUAACCACUCCCUCCACUAUCUCUUCAUCUAUUCCCUUCAUUUCUUCCGUUGAUUAGUCUGUUCUCAGCACCAACCUGCACUCCGUGGAUAUACCAAGUGCUACAUCCUCUGUACUAACGUUGUAUUGAUCUUGGGAAUCCAUACCUUGUCACGAUGGCAUCGUCUGUCUUCUAUAAAUUCAAGUCUCAGAAGGACGAGUCUAGGGUGACUUUUGACGGUACUGGGAUCUCUGUGUUUGAUUUGAAAAAGGAGAUUAUUCUUGCCAACAACCUGGGUAAGGCUAAUGACUUUGACCUGGCUAUCUUCGACCGUUCGUCCAACGAAGAAUACAAAGACGACUCUACGAUUAUUCCUCGUGCUUCUUCAGUCAUUGUGAAGCGUGUGUUUGUUCGCCCAGGCAAGGGCAAGGCCGCUAUGUAUAUCAGUGCUGGCAGUUCUUCCACAGGUGCAUCAGAUCAAGCUUCAAAAUCUACUGCCAGUUCUGGCGGGUCAUACUCAUGGCACAGGGGUAACAUGACUAAGAGAUUCGAUGGCAGGGAGGAAACCACGAGCACCCUGCCUAAACCUACUCCUCAGGUCACUAUCAAGUCCAACAUCAUCACGAAAGGCGAUGAGGCGGCUGCUAUGGCUGCCAUGUUCCAAGCUUCGGCUGCCAACUGGGAGGAAACCCAGGAAAAGAUGUCUCAGUCGGUGUCGCGCUUACGCGUUUUUCUUGUCUUAGUAGUAGUCAUACGUUCUAAUGAACUUAUUUUGUCUUGGGUUCGUUCUUUUAUUUCGAACUCUAGUGCGACACCUGUAUAUAGUGCUCGCGGGGGUGCUCCGGGACGUGGGCGAGGGGGUGCCCUGCAUCAUCGACAACCUGACCGACCCCUGCCCCCUAGUUACGUCUGCUAUCGGUGUGGUCAAAAAGGUCACUGGAUACAAGACUGUCCUACGAAUAAUGACAGAGAUUAUGACAAUCGCCCUCGAAUCAAGCGAACGACUGGUAUCCCUCGCAGCUUCCUGAAGGCUGUUGAAAGUCCUAGCACAGGUCCGAUAGGUCAUGGUGUGAUGGUCACACCCGAGGGUGGUUACGUCGUUGCCCAGCCUGAUGUGUACGUCCCUCGAGUUUCGUAUUUGAUGUUUACUAAUGUUCUAUUCUCCUGCAGAGCGUCAUGGCAGAAACAAGUAUCAAGGCCAAAGGGACUCACUGAGGCCGAUAUUCGUGAGAAGAUGCCAUCGGAUCCAGCUUUGAGUUGCCCAAUAGACAACAAACUGUUCAAGGACGCUGUCAAAACACCCUGUUGUGGAAAGCUAUACUGCGAGGAAUGUAUCCAGACUCACCUUUUAGAACGAGAUUUCGUCUGCCCGAAUUGCGGUGCCAAGAUUCCUUCGUUGGACAAGUUGAUUAUCGACAAGCCGACGCGAAGCAAGGUUGGGGAGUAUAUUGAUAAGGAAAUCGAGAAGAGCAAACAGGAAGGUGCCGGCGGUGAAGAGGAGAGCAAGACGAAUGGUCACGCUCCACAGCAGCCCGAAGAGAAGCAACUCGAAUUUUCCACGGAACUAUCGCUUGAUCAAGAAUAUUAUUCUGAUCAACAACCAGGCAGCGACAUGGACGCCCUUCACAUGGCUGCCGAUAGCAUCCCCCAUAUCCAAGCCCAAAUCAACCAAAUAUCUGUUAUGCUCAACAACCCCACUCUCCCGAUGCAAGUCCGUCAACAAACCGAGAUGAAGCAUCAUCAACUCCACAUGGAGCUCCAACAAGCUCAGAUGGCUGCUGCACUCAUCCAAGCUGGGAACGCUGCUGCGUUCAACGCGAUGAACAUGCAAGCACAACAGGCAUUCGGCGUUAACGUAGGGAUGCAGAUGGGUGGACCACAAAUGGGACCGCCGCAGCAACAGCAAUGGACGAAUCCGUUUUCGAAUCAGCAGCCUGCAGGUCAGGACUCGGCAUAUCAGCGGUUGCCUCUAAAUAAUAGGAGGCGGAACUUGAAGCGUGAGAGACCAUCCGAUUUUCUGGAGAUUGCAGGGAAUGAGCAGGAGGCGAAGAUGCCUCGGUAUUGGGAGUAAUGUAGCUCUGGUGCGUCUUCACGAGGCGUUGUGGAUGGCAUUUGGUGAGGUGCAGAGUUUUCAGCAGGACAUUGGGGAAGUAUUGGCAGGACUUGGACUGCAUUUACAUAAUUAUGAACGUUUCCAGUUAUCCACUUACGGCUCUUACGUUCACUAUCUUAUACAGCAUGUAGAUUAAUAUGUGCAUCAUGGCGUUCAAAAUGAUAUUGUUUGAUGUCUGAAUCAGAGCUUACAGCAGUAUAAUGCGGCAUUCCACGUCAUACAAUGCAAUCCUGACUUUCGAAUUACUGCAUUCAAGGCUAACGCUAUACUGUGAUAGAAAAACGGACCCGUCAAUAUGCAGAACUAGACCGUUAUCCACAGUU